CGUCGGCAGGCGGACCAAUCCCGUUACCAGAAGAAGCCUAAUGCAGCGGUCUUAUUGUUCUACCCUUGGAUCUGUGUUGUGGGCGGGUGUGGGUUCUCGCUGGGGCCAUCUGAUAGAUUCUGUCUCUGCUGUCUGUCCGUCACGCGCACGACGAAGGGGCACGCGUCAUGCAUUCAAUGGCCUCAGGGUUCCCAGUGGGAUUCUGCUUUUUCCCACGUCCUCGAUCCAGGCCGACGAACGCACUCACUUUCCCAUCCCCACGACAACAAGCAGGAAUGUCGUCCUCCACUCGCUUCACCCACCUCUUCGCAGGGAGCAACCUCAACCGGCUCUCCGUCCUCCGUUCAAACCCCGCAUUCCUCACAAACUCCCUUCAAUCCCCAAGCACCCGCUUCAUCGCUCUCCGCAACCUUGACGCCCUCCUCACGGCCCUUACAACUCCUACUGGUACCUCAACUGCUACCACAACCACCACCGCCCCGACCGCAGGAAUCCCACCCCUUUCACCGCACAAGCAACAUAUAGCGUACCUCACCUACACGGACGUCAAGCCGGCUCUCGACGCAGGCGCUUUUCACGUCUUUCUGGGGGUCGAUGAGGGUGAUACCGAGGGAACUGGGGAGUAUACGAGUGAGCGGAAGGGCGGGGUUGUGGUCGUGAAGGGGAGGAGUUAUUGGGCUGUUGAUUUGACGAAAAGUGGGGACUUGGACGAUGGUGUUUUAGCGGGGUUGGACGGGGCCUUCACAACCAAGAACUACGCCUUCACGCCCCUCCGAUCCGCCCUCGGCUCCCUCCCGUGGGACAUUGAAAGCGCCCUCAUUGCACAAGCUCGCAGCGUGGUCGACUGGAACGUGCGCAACCAGUAUUGCCCGGCAUGUGGGAAACUUACCGAGUCGGGUGAGGCGGGGUACAAGCGGUUUUGCCCGCGGCCGAAUUUGGACGAGGUUGGAGAGGGGGAGAAGGAGGCUACGAAGAGGUGCUUGUCGUUGACGGGGGUUAAUAAUUUCCAGUACCCACGCACUGACCCCGUCGUAAUCAUCGCCGUUACGCACCCCACCCACCCCCACAAACUCCUCCUCGGCCGCCAAACCCGCUUCCCCGCCUCCACCUACACCUGCAUCGCGGGCUUCAUGGAACCGGGCGAAAGCAUCGAAGAAGCCUGCGCGCGCGAAGUCGCCGAGGAGACUGGCAUCCAACUCAACAUGGACAGCAUCACCUACCACUCGUCGCAGCCGUGGCCGUUCCCGAACAGCGUGAUGAUCGGCUGUUUGGCGCAGGCGAGGAGUGUCGACGUGAGUCUCGUGGACGAGGAGUUGGAGGAUGCGAGGUGGUUCGACAGGGAGCAGGUCGUGCGGGCUUUGGCGAGGCAUUAUGGCGGUGGGCCACUUCCGGGAGAAGCUCAAGGUCAAGGGGAGGCUGAGAUGGAGAUCAAGAUCCCCCCGCCCUAUGCGAUUGCGCAUCAGUUGAUCAAGGCGUGGGUGGAGGGGUUCAAACUGCAGCCGGCAAAGAUGUAGAGGUCCGGUUUCGCACAUUGGGGUCGGAUGUCAUGACGAUGUGAUGGACGGUGUAUAUAAGGUUUACAUGGAAUUUGUCGGUUAGAGUGU